UAGAGUCAGUUGGUACGUGAUAUUCAAACGAGAACGUUGAUCUCUCGCGUACUUUGUCUAUUCAAAUUCGAGUAUAUAAUUGUUUAAUUUCGAUUUCAACAAAUCAAUAUAUAUUUAGUCUGGCGUAUACACUGGUACUGCUUUGAGCCAAGAAUUUUAUUGAUUUUCUUAUUUUUGUUACUUUAUUGCUUUUAUAUUAAAAUGCGUUCCAUUUGUCAAAGUUUACAAUUUAAUUUAUUGAGAAAAUUUGGCCAUCAGUUAACGCUUACAAAAUUAUCACAUUCCCAAAUAGUUCAUACAAAAAGAAUGGAGUCAGCAGGUCGUUUUCGAUGUGAAGCUAUCGGUUCAGUUGAACAGAAGAUGAAUGCUCUGUAUGCAAAAGUCGAACACCGUGAUCCUCACCAAUACGAGUUCUUGCAAGCUUUCAAAGAAGUGCUUGACUCAUUGAAACCCGUAUUCGAAAAGGAUGACCGAUAUCUGUCAGUUAUGGAAACUAUUGUUGAACCAGAACGGGUUAUCACAUUUCGCGUUCCCUGGAUCGACGACAAAGGCAUUCAACGGGUCAACCGCGGAUAUCGUGUGCAGUACAGUUCAGCCCUUGGCCCGUACAAGGGUGGACUUCGUCUUCAUCCGACUGUAAAUCUUGGAAUUAUUAAAUUUUUGGGAUUCGAGCAAAUAUUCAAGAAUUCACUAACCGGAGUUCCAAUGGGAGGUGGAAAAGGUGGUAGUGAUUUCGAUCCAAAAGGAAAGUCGGACAAUGAAAUUUUACAAUUUUGUACAAGUUUCAUGACCAGUCUAUAUCGACACAUCGGAGCAAAUUUGGAUGUACCUGCAGGAGAUAUUGGCGUAGGAGGUCGUGAAAUUGGGUUCCUUUAUGGACAAUACAAACGUCUCACCGGUCAAUUCGAAGGUGUCCUUACUGGAAAGCACACAAAUUGGGGCGGAAGUCUUAUACGUCCAGAAGCCACUGGUUAUGGUGCCGUUUAUUUUGCCGAAAACUGGUGCGAAGACAACAAAGUUUCUCUAAAAGGUGCCCGGUGCACUAUCUCCGGAUCUGGAAAUGUAGCCCAAUACACUGUUGAGAAACUUAUCCAGGUCGGAGCUAUUCCACUUACAAUGUCCGACAGUUCGGGUUAUGUGUUGGAAAAAGACGGCUUCACGCAAGAAAAAUUGGAGAAAAUUAUGCAUCUGAAGAAUGUCAAACGUGGAAGAAUCUCUGAAUAUCUGAAGGAAUCGCCGUCCGCACAAUUUUUCCCUGGAAAGAAACCAUGGGAUAUCCCGAAUGUCCUAAUCGCAUUCCCAUCUGCAACACAAAAUGAAAUCGAUGGAUCAGAUGCUAAAAGCCUUGUUGCCGCAGGAUGUAAACUUGUGGUGGAGGGAGCAAAUAUGCCGUCGGAUAAAGAUGCUAUUGAAGUCUAUGAAAGCAGUGGAAUCAUUCUUUGUCCGGGAAAAGCAGCUAAUGCUGGUGGGGUCGCCGUUUCGGGUCUUGAAAUGAUACAAAAUUCAACCAGAAGCAGCUGGAAAAGAGAAGAGGUUGAUAUGAGACUGAAAGAAAUUAUGAAAAACAUCUACAGCUCGUGCGUAGAAGCCGCUGCUACAUAUGGCACGCCGGGCAAUAUACAAAAUGGCGCAAAUAUCGCCGGAUUUCUUAAAGUAGCUGAUUCAGUAAUCGAUCAAGGAUGCGUUUAGAUGGAUGGAUGCUAGUGCAACAUCAUUACCACCAAUAUUAUACAAUCAACAUACCAUCAUUGUUAAGCUUUUGCUGUAUUUUUAAUUUUUGUCAUGCCAGAGGCAAUAAGGCAUCCCAAAUUCACUUUUUUAGAAUAACAUAAUAUUAAGCAUGUACAACGAAUCAAAUUUCGAAAUCAUUGUUUCGUGAAGAC